AUGGGUAAUAAUUGUGUUUCAGAGAGUGAUUCAUUAAUUAAUGAAAAAACAUAAGGUAAUUUAAAUCAAAUAGAUUCCAGACCUGGAAUUUAUGCUAUAGAGCAUUCAACUAAUACUUGUUUAGAAAGUAUUUCAAUAUUGUCUUCACCAGACUCUGCUUAUCCUAUUACUUAUAAAGAUAAUAUGGAUGUAAUUGCAUUUAAAGGUCAUAAAUUUGCUAUUUUUGAAAAAUAUAGUGUUUAUUAUGGUGAAAUCAAUUAGAAAUUCUAAAAAAAUGGAAAAGGUAAAUUAUAUUUAAAGAUUGUGGAUAAAUAUGGAAACUAUAACUUAAUUGUUAAAAAAGGACUAUUUAAAAAUGAUAAAUAUUUAGAAUCAGGAUUAAUCUCACCUAAAGAUGAAUGUUUAGAUGAAACCAUAGAUUCAAAAAUCACAGUAGCAUAAGAUUCUUAAAAUUCUAUUAUCUAAAAUGAACAUUAUAAAUACAAUAGAUUAAUAAAUGAGAAAGACAUAAAUUCUAUUAGCGAUAAAAAUUAAUUAAGAUCAAAUAUUGUCAAUGGAUAUAUUUAAUAUCUAUAGUAAUUAGAUGAAUAAUUAUAUUGGGAUACUCCUCCUCAUAAAAGAGAAAAGUUUUAAAGGACAAUUAUCUUUUAAAGUACUUGCCCAUUAGACAAUUAUGAUCAAUUCAAAUAAAUUAUUAAAUAAUUUAGAUUUGUUAAGUUUUGGUUAAUUUACAAAAAAAUAGGAUUUGUUAUUGAACAUAAUCCAAAUCAUUGGUAUUUUGUAGAAGUUUAACUUACAGAAGAGGAAUUCAAUAUCAAUAUAUAUGAUUCUAUUAAAUGCAGUAAGGCAUUUUAUAAUUAAAUUAAAUUCUAAUUAUCUCAUCUCUUUAAAAAAUUGCUGAAUCACAGACUUGAUGCUAAAUUAAUUAUCAAAGAUAAUAUUCCUCAAUCAUAUAAUACAUAUGAUAGUGCUGUCUACACUUGUAUUUUUGCUAGAAUGCUUAGAUGCAAUUGCAAAAAUAAAGUAUUAAAUCUGAGUCCUUAAUAAAUGAGAUCUGAUUUAGAAAAACUAUUUCUUAAUUGA